AUGAUUCUGGUGGGCAACCAACCAAUACUUCUGGCACUGCCAUUUGUUCUUCUACUGGUUCUGGUGAUAUUAUGCUUGUGGUGGAGCAAGAGGAGACGUGAUCGCAGCCAGUACCAGGAACAGUUCGUAUCCGUGCCUCACGUCCCAUUAUGCACUGCUACAGUCAUCCCAAUUUCACAAGGCUCUUACGGAAAGCUUGAGGAGAUCCCGUUCUCAGUGCCCCCUCGCUUCACGUCGUCUCCAAGAAUCGUGGAGAAGACAGAAGUGAUGGAGACUCACGGGGACAUUCUGGCCCAUCGCGGAUCUCUCUUCGUUCAGAGUUUGUACCCAGUGGGGACCGUGCUUGCCGGCCUGUAUUCGAGCGAGGUGGUGGCGCCCCCGCCCGGCAUGGCCACCCGUCUCUGCUUCUCGGUGGAGUACCGCCACGGAGGCGAGCAGCUAGCCAUCUCCUUGCUCCGCCUUGGAAACCUUCCGCCUCGUUUCCAUGGUAACAUCACCCUGGUGCAGCUCCACCUGCUGCCUGACGACAGGCGUCCCCGCCAGGCUAAGGCGAGGGGCACCGGGCCCGAUCCGGAGUUCAACGACUGCUUUUUGUUCCAGGUGUCAAGAGUGCGUGUGUCACAGAGCACGCUCAGUAUGUGCGUACUGAGUGUGUCACAUGAUUCCAAACGCCACGCGGUGGGCAGGGUUUUAUUUCCCCUGCAUGGUGAGUUGGGCCAGGCUGGCAGAAUUCUUUGGAAGGACCUGGACACCGAAAACGACCAUUACUGUUCAGAGUUGGGUGACAUCCUGGUAUCACUGAGCUACAACCUGACUCAGCAGCGCCUAUCGGUGGAAGUCCUAAAGGGACGAGGACUGCAGCCUCUCACGGACACGGACCUGUGUGUGCGGGCGAGCUUACAAAUCCACACUCAAGUAUUGAAGGUGAAGACCAGCGCCACGGUGAAGGCGGACGACGAUGCAGCCUUGGAGCUCAGGACAAGUUUUAAACUGCGGACGGAGCACGUGGAUGAGGCUUGCUUGCGUUUGGAAGUGCGGCAGCAGAACCAAAAAGUUCCCUCAGGUCCUUCAGUCCCUCUGGGUUUUGUAGUGCUGGGGCCGUUCAUGUACGCUAGAGGCCCGCAGCUGCAGCACUGGAUGGACAUGGUUAACAUGCCACAGCAGCCAGUUACAAUGUGGCAUGGACUCUGCAUGGCCACCUGA